AUGAUUACAUUGGAUUUGGCUAAAAUCAGUGAUAAUCAAGGUUCGACUUGUGGUGAUUGUUCUCGUGUGGGGGCUGUUGAUGUCAGUGAUGUUGUUGUUUCUGAUGAAUGUGAUAGUUCAAUAACAAACUACACGUUGUCUCCUGGUGGUCAGAAGUAUUAUUUACCAAGUUCUGUUGACUUAGUUGAGUUGCCGUUUCCUAAUCAGGUGUUUGAUAGUUUAGACAAGGCGUUUAAGUUUUAUAAGGAGUAUGGAAGGUUGGGAGGUUUUGAUGUAAGAAAGGGAACGGAGAAAAAGGAUGCUGAUGGGACGAUUAUUUUGAAACACUUUGUUUGCAGUAAAGAAGGUUAUAAUGUAGCUAAUUUUGGCAGUGAAGAAAAGGUUGGUAAAAUUGUUAAGGAAAGGCGUACGGGGUCUCGUAGAUGUGGAUGCAAAGCGAAAAUAGUUGUCAAGAUUAUGAGUCUUAAUAGGUAUUUUAUAUUGAAUUUUGUUGAGUCGCAUAAUCAUCCUUUAGCUAGUGAAGACGGUCGGCAGUUUUUGAGAUGUAGUAGAGAUAUGAGUAUUAGUUUGCGGAAUAUGGUUUUUGAUGCUAGUAAGGUUAACAUUGGAUGCAGCAAGGCUUAUAGUUUGGUAAAGGAAAUGGCUGGUGGUUAUAGUAAUGUAGGUGCAACCUUACGUGAUUUCAGAAAUUUCAGUCGUGAUUUGAAAGAAUAUGUUGGUGUAAGAGAUGGUCAGAUGGUAAUAGACAACUUCAAGGUUAUGCAGGAGACUUCGAAAGCUUUUUAUUUUGCUUAUGAAUUGGAUCCAGAUGGACAUUUAAUCAUGCUGUUUUGGGCUGAUCCAACUGGUAGACGGAAUUUUGAAAUAUAUGGAGAUGCCGUGUCCUUUGAUGCCACAUUUGAUACGAACAAGUAUAAUAUGAUUUUUGCGCCGUUUACCGGUGUUGAUAAACAUGAUCGAUGUGUUACAUUUGCUGCUUGUCUUUUAGCAAAGGAGGAUGUUACUCAUUUUAGCUGGGCAUUUAGGCAUUUUGUGAAGGCAAUGGGACGUAAUCCAGUUGUUUUGAUUACUGAUCAGUGCCCUGCGAUGAAGAUAGCUAUCCCUGAUUGUUUUUCUUCUGAAAAUGGAUUAGUUGCUAGCAAGCAUCGUCUAUGUAUGUGGCAUAUUAUGCAAAAAUUUCCAAUUAAGCUUGGUAACCGUUUGUGCAAGGAGACUGAUUUUAUGGAGAAAAUGAAGGCUUAUAUUUGGUCAUCAACAUUGGAGGUUGAAGAAUUUGAAAAUGGCUGGAAAUCUGUUAUUAAAGAGUUUAAUCUUGAGGAAAACAAGUGGCUAUCUGAUAUGUAUGAGAUGAGGGCAUCAUGGAUCCCUUCAUAUUUUAGGGACAGUCCAAUGUUUGGUUUGUUGAGAACAACAAGUAGGUCUGAAAGUGAAAACUUUUUUUUUGGCCAUUUUCAUAGACAGAGUGAUACAUUGUGUGAGUUUUGGAUACGGUUUCAGAGUGCUAUGGAUAGGCAGCGGAAUGAAACAAAGAGACUAGACCACGAGUCGAAUUCUAGCAGUCCAUCAACGUUGUCAAGAUGGUUUAUUGAAAAUGAUGCUGCUGACAUCUUUACGCGUGCAAUUUUUUACAAGCUUUAG